AGUCUCGCUACUUGCAAAUGCACGGCAAUGGAGAAUGGCAGUCACAUCGGCCAAACAGAUCUACAACAGUGUACUCGUGAAAGUCACCUUGCCAUUGGCCACGGACAACGACGCUUGUAGAAGCAACCGAUCUCCGCCAUAGAAAGUUCGGUCACCGCGGCAUGGCAUUGGGUCUAGCUGGAAAUGCUGAGAAAGCUGCUGCGAAUAUGUGCUGGGGUGACAGUUGCCAUUUUUCUUUUGAAUUGUCGGAGGUCAUAUCUACUCACCCGCGAUGCUUUUGGCUUUGACGAUGAAGAGGAUGAUGGCCCCGCCAUGCUGAUGGAUGGAGGAAUUGUCGAUUCCAAUGAUUCCAGCUCCAGACAAACCCCAGGCAUCACUGCUGGUGGUUUUUUCUUGCACCAGCUGAGUGCCAAAGCUCCGGGCUGUGAAGGCUUCUGCUGCAACAUGGGUGACAAGGAAGUGCAGUGCCUCGAUGUGGAAAGCUGCGCUGCCAUCGGAUCCAAUGGGAGCAAUGCCGCGUUACCGCGGCCACGCUAUGCCCUGGUGCUGAGUCACUACGGCGUGCCAACCAACAGGCUCCUGCAGUCCAUCAAGUCAAUGCAGGCUGCAGCACUGGCUGCUGGUGCCGACAUUUUGGUGCUAAUGAUGCAGGACCAUGCGGAUCAGAUGAGUUACAGAUUGCAGAGGCGCUUGAAGAAAUGGCGUGUGAAGGUGCACCUAGUCCCCUGGGCCCUGCCACCGGGGAUGAUUUAUAUCAAGAAGGUCACCAAAUACGAUGGCUGGUGCGGCAAGAUGGACUUCAUUCGACUCCAUGCCUUGGCCUUGGAGGGCUACGAUGCCAUCGCAUACUACGAUGCGGACUGCGAGUUUCAGGGAGAUAUCCUGCCGGUCCUGCAGUGUGCAUCUCAGGGCUAUUUCUUAAGCACCAGUGGUGGUGUUGGCGAGAACUUGAACGUGGGCUUCUUUGCCACCAGACCUGACCGGCGCUUGUUGGAAGCUGCACUGAUCUUCGCCCGCCGCAACAACUUCAGCCGGGAGGAUGGCUGGGGCAAUUCUGGAUGGAAGCCACGAGGCUAUUACUACGUGGGAGGAGAAUGUGGUCAGGGCUUCUUUUACAGCCUCUACUACUCCAGGACUGGAAGGAGCGAAGCCGCCGAGAAAGCAUUGGAGGCUGCGGGUAUUUGGCAGAAUGGCGUUUUCGAGCCAGCCCAGCUGGAUCGGUGCCUCUGGAACUACCAGACCAGCUGGGGCUGCCGCAAGGACUUCGAUUGUGAACGCGUGCGGGUGCACCACAAGCCGACCAAGGAGCGGGGGAGCGACAGGAAUGAAUGCGAGAAGCUUCGCUUUCGUGAGCAACGAAGGAAGCAGGCGCAAGAACAGCGGCUGCAGCGCAUCAGAAAUAUGUCAGCUCAAGAAAUUCCUGCUGCCAAAGAAGGGCUGCUUCUGCGUCACCUCAAUGGACUGUGUCUGCGACCUGGAAAUGGCUUACUGCAGCUGGCGGACUGUGGGGACUUCAACGUACGGCUGGUGGAAGCGGACGCAAUGGAGGAGGGUGAGGUCUUCUUGGGUGAGUUUGUUCUGAAGCUCGGUGACCAGUGUGCUGCUCCAUCUGCUGAGAUGGCGGAACCUCAACUGCUCUUGGCACCGUGCCAUCGGAUUCAUCGACACCUGCAGAUCUUUCGGGUCUUGAGGGCGACUGGAAAUUCGGAGAUGUUCAUCUUGCAGCACAAAGCUUCAAGCAAAUGUAUACAUCCCAACGGGGGCAAAGAGAAACCAGAAGCGGAAACGCCUCUCUUGUUGCACCACCAGUGCGAUAGAUCUCGAAGGGCCUUGAUGUUCCAAGCCAAAGACAACAUGAGCGCAGUUGAAACUUGAUCAUCGUCCACCUGACUUGGGUAGCUCGCGGACAACCUGGACAACCCGGACAACCCGGACAACCACAAAUCCGGCGGCAACGUAGAGAACUUGGUGGUCGUCGUUAUGAACCUCCAGGCCUUCGUCCAUGGUCCCCACGGGGGUUUGCGAUAUCGGCUGGACCUCGUACACACGCGCCGUUCACAUCAUCCGUUUACCCGUUUACAUCACAUUUGUGCCAUGUUCUGAGGUUCUGGUGCUUUAGUCUUUCUGACCCAUCUGACACCAACUGACAGUAGAUGCUGCAGAAAA